UUCCUGUGAAAAGGUUGAGAUAUGUAAUCUGUUUCCACCAGGGAAGGACAAAGUAGUGUCAGGCAACAUGACAGCCAUUAAUUCCUUGUGUUUUCUGUUGAUUUUCCUAUGGGCAGCAUUCAGUAUAGCUGCUGGGCUGGCUGAAGUGAUUGAAGUGCCCCAAGCCACCACACCAGGGCCUUUCUUGACUACCGACAAAGUCCUCUAUUUUGGCAAUUCCAGCCAUGGAGAUAGUGACUUGACAAGUUGUGGGAAAAAGAACUAUACUUACUGUGAAAAGUACUGUGAACAUUGUGUUGACAUAGCACUAGAGGAUUGUUAUUCUAUAUUUUUGGAUUACUAUUACUUACCAUUUGUUCAGUCCAUGACUGUGCUUAACAGUACUGAACGGUGCAUCUGGAGCAACGUGAGGAGCCACUAUAACAUUUUCACCCUGGGCACAGAGGAUUCAGCCGACUGCCUGCAGAUCCCUUGGCCUAACUCCCAGGUGGAGCACUACUUUGUGGACAUCCACGCCCUUUUCUUCAAGGACUGUCCCACAGAGGCAUUGAGUGACCCCCCUCCCGGCAUCGUCUUUGCCCUGGUGAUGACCCCCAUCAGUCUUAUCCCUGUCAUGGUCAUCCUGGUGGUGCUCAAAACCAAGAAUGGAGAUGGGAGCUCCUGAUAGGCUGCUCUCCCACAAUGCCUUACGUCAACAUUCUCCCGCUGUUCUCAGUUCAUCUGCUCUCUCAGACGGUGUUCCCUCAGGCUGUGCUGGACUGAUCCAUGACCCAACAGAUUACUCCCCCCCCCCCCCCCCCCCCCCACGCCCAUUACACCACUGAAUGCCCUGAAGUCAGGAUGUCUGAAGAUGCACUGAUACUGUAGUAGGUUUUGUGCCAUAUGGACAUGUUGUUUUUAGGAUUUAGCGUUGUAGGAUUAAAGAGUCCCCAGGAAUGCAAUGUUAAGUUUCCUUUGUUUUAAAUAGUACUUGGUUUUGGUUGUGUCAAAAAUCUAAACUAUGGUUCAAUGACAUCCCCUUCUUAUUAAUUUAGGCUGCUCAAGGAAAUGUGUGUUAGAAUGUUUCAACUAGUUGACAAUCGUUCCAGAUACGUGACCUAACAAUGUUUUUAUUGGUUAUUUAACAAAAUCUUUUCCAUGUUAGGUGGAUAUAAUGACAAAAGCUUGGUCAAUCUGGAGGGACUGAAAACAGGCAUUUUGUGGUAGAAUGUCUGUAGGCUGAUGAGGAAAGUUAUGGCCUUGGAUUGCUGGGCAUUCAGACUUGACAUGUGAAAAGGACAAAGCCAUUUUGCUGGCAGAAUUUGACUUCAUUUACUGUACUAUAUCUCAUCCUCAGGAUACAGAGGCAUUUUUUUUACAACCACGAAUACACAACCUAAAUAGUGAGUGUAUUUAUGUAUAUAUUUAUGCGUGAGCACAGAUCUAAUUGAGAUGUGCCCUUUUUAACGUCAUCUCUCCCUCUCCUGACAGUAUCUGUAUGUUUUGUUCUGGGCCCUUGGGGAGGGCCCUCGACCCUGCUGGUGUACCACUGACGUGACCAUGGUGAGCGCAGAAGCUAGAUAUGCGAAGGGAGGGAAAGGGCGUGUUCCCUAAGUGAUUCAGAGUGCAAGGACGUUUGGGGUCAAGGGUCUAGAACAGGACACAAUGGAUAGACGCGCCCACGACUAUGGGAUCUCUUUCCUACUCAUUUCUAGCUUUAAUAAGGGUUCAUGAACAUGACCCUUCUUCUUGACAAUGGUCUUCACCGUGAGCCACAAGAGGCCAGCUGAGGAAAGUCAUACUGUAGCUCUGAAUCAAAUGUUUGAUGUGUGGACCAUAAACCUAUGGUCUUAAAUGUACGGGAGACAGAACGAAAGUAGACAAAUGUCCAGUUCUUUAAGAUGUUAUCACUGUUGUUUUUCCUGUGAUUUUUUGGAAAGACGAGAAGGCAUUUUGUGCUUUCUAUUUUGGAAACAAAGAAAUGUAUGCAAAUGUACUAUGUUUCUGCAUUUACUCUGGUCACCAGACUUUCUGGACGAUCUGUAAGAGUAUGUUUUUCGACUCUUACUUAUUGUACUACAUUGUGAUAAUAGAAUAAAAUCUUUUGUUUAAACCAGA